GGUCACAGGUUGCAGGAUACAGGCAAUUGGGUAUUGAGUUACUCAAUUUGAGUAGUUUUAUAGCCACUACAGCUUACACAGAAUAGUGAUAUACUACACAGAGUGACUAGUUUUUAAUCUGUGUAUACUUAGUACUUACUUGAUAAGUCUUAAUUCUUAUGCUUUAAAUUCGAACCUAUAUAAGAAAACUAAACGGCAUGAUCAUGUUUGCCUAUUUAAUUAAAAACAUACAAUUACAUAUUGACCUGUAUGAAAAUGAACUAACCACAAUUUUGAUUUGAUUGAGAACAAGUAUAGUGAUUCAAUCAAGAUUCAAGUCCUCCAAGAAUAAAAGAAAAUGGUUCGGUUUAAAAACAGAUAUAUUACUGUGGAAAUUGCAUCUCCGGCAGUCCCUGAAAGUAAACCUCUAUCUAUUAAAUCAACUAUGCUUCAUGAGUGUAUUUUAAAUAAGAUAAAACAACUACAUGGUGAUUUUGGUGUUGCUGCUGUAAGAUCUGGCUUCCUAGCAAAAUACUGUAACGAAAAUACCAGAAUAGCCAUAAUUCGAUGUAGACAUGGGCCUCAUCAGUUUGUUACCAGUAGUAUUCCGUUUAUAACUAGGAUAGGAAAAUUAGAUGCAACUGUUAGAACUCUUCAUGUUGGAGCUACAUUGAAACACAGUUUUAUUUUUAUUCAGAAACACCAUAGGACAUUUUUAGAUUCUUUAUGGUCAAAUCUUAAGACUGAUGAGGAAAGAAGCGCACUUGAAGCAGCAGUGAUGGAAUUCACUAAGGCAGAUGUAUCAAUGAUUAAAGAUAACCUAAUGUGAUAAGCCCUGAACAAAAUGAUAACUCGGCAACUGUCAUUUUAUAAAUAAAAUCUAUAAGUAUGA